UUGCGCGCCCUGGAUGUGUCUCGCUCUCGUCGUAGCCAGUUGACCCAUUCAUAUGUAAAUGAACCGUCAUAUAUACCGAGCACAGGCCCCCUCGGAGCAGCAUUGAGUAGCCCAGUCUUUCUGCAAGCUUUGUUGGCCGCUGGGAUCGCCCGGCCAUCUGUCCCAUUGACGAGCUGUAACGGCUCUUUGGAUUACACGCCGACCUCCAACCCAGUUGGUUUCUGGCAGCGCUUGGGUUAAACUUUUAACAACAUGGCCCCCAUCCGUAACGACACAAACGCAGCGGACGAUGAUGACUGCAGUGGCAUCAAAUCUGACAGAAAGAUGAGGAAACCUCUGGUGGAAAAGAAAAGGAGGGCUCGCAUCAAUGAAAGUUUACAAGAACUCAGAGUUCUCAUGGCGGAUGCAGACUUACAAUCAAAGAUGGAGAAUGCUGAAGUGCUGGAGAUGACAGUGAAACGGGUGGAGGGCGUCCUGCAGAACCGGGCUCAAGAAGUGGAUGCCGUAAACCGGGAGGCAUGCGAGCGUUUCGCUGCGGGCUACAUCCAGUGUAUGCACGACGUGCACACUUUCGUGUCCAGCUGCCCGGGAAUUGACCCAACAGUAGCCGCGGAGCUGUUGAACCACCUCCUGGAGAGCAUGCCCCUCAACGACGAAGAGAGCCUCCGGGCGUUGCUCCCGGACACGGUGGCAGAGUGCCCCGGCAAUAACAGCACUUGGUCCCUGUCUGAGGGCAUGUACGCGGCUCUAGUGUCCCCGGCCUCCUCCUCCACCGACGACCUCUGCUCCGACCUGGAUGAGACCUAUUCGGAGCACAGUCACGUUUCUUCUUCAGAGGAGGCCGACUUCCAGGAUGUGUUGGGCUUGCCUUCCUUAGCUUACUCCAAGUCCAUGUGGAGACCGUGGUAGAUCACGUCAAACAAGAUGAAUAGCAUGUUUAUAACUACACUAGAUGAUUUAAUGCGUUGUGUUAGGACGUUUUGUGGGGUAGGCCUCAGCACAUGACAAUAACACUGCUGAGAUGACAACUUUGAAACUUGUUGAAAGGCAUCUGAGAAGCUCUUUGUGUAUUUAGGGGGGGGACUACAAUACAGCUAAAAAUGUAUUUAAUAAAGUAUGUAAUUAAAUCUGUUUGUCAGAAGUCAGAGACUUGUAGGGUCUUCAUUUGGAAGUGUAUUGGCCUUAUAUGGGCCUGCCUUCAGUGAAGGGGUAAAUGCAUAUGUAAAUAUUUACUUGUUGAAUAUGAAUGGUCUGUAUAGAAGGUAGCUGUCCCACUAGCAAUGCGUUGUUAGUCGUGUGUAAAUUAUUUUGUAUUUAGGAUGUCUUUAACUUUGUAUUUAUAAGUGUCCAAUGACUUUUAGUAGGCUACCUCAUCUGAUUUGCCUAAGUUAAAACUUUUUAAUAAAUAUCUUUUUGGCUUUUAAAUUGCAUUUGUUCUGAUUCUAGGAAAGAAAUGCCACAUUUCACACACAAGGA